AAAGAAGAAGAGGAUAAAGACAAAGAUGCAGAUGUAGAUGAGCCAAUGGACAUAAUUGAUAAAACAGAUCAAAUCGAUAUUGAGAUAGGUGGCCAACUGGAGGAGAAGGUAGUUGAUGUGGAAGAUCAUUUAUCUCUUCCAGAAAUUGAGCCAAUAGUUGAGAAUAUUACAGCAGCCUCUGAGGCUGAAACACUAGAAGAUAACGGAGGUAUGCCUGAAAUCAGUUCACCUACUAAAACAAGACUGGUAACUGAGAUUGUGGAGUUGCCCAAGUUGGACUUAAGCAAUUUGGAUAUUACGCCUCCUUCGAAGCCCUCUACGCCACGUAUAAGUGAAGCCAUCCGACGACUAAAAAAUGAGAAAAGCAGCGAUAUUAGCCCUUCCUUAAAGGGCGAUGCCAACAUGGUCAUUGAUCUGGAAACGGGCGACAUGUUUGCCAAGAAGCCAACGGGAGUUGAUGAUUUGCUGGAGCGUCUAAUGAAAACGCGGGAGGCCAAGAAGCACAAGACUACGGAAACAGUUAACAUUUUAUCCGCUGCACAUGGUAAGCUGGAGUUAUCAAAGGUGAGCAUACAUCUGCAUGAAGAGGAGCCAGUCAACAAGGAGCAGAAGCCUGGCGCUGCGUACCUUAAGAUGCAGGAUCAUCUCAAGACAUUAAUAACAAAUAAACGAAUGGAAGAACUACGCAAGAAGCAAGCUGAGGAAAUGGAAAAUUCAAAUGAUGAAGCUAAUGAGGAUGAGGACAUGGAUGUAGAGGAGGCUGAAGAAUAUGAGCCAGAUGCAAAGCCUAACAAAAAAGAACUGAUAAUUAAUGAUGAUGAGGAAAUUGUUGAGGCAGAUAAUGCAGAAGAGAUUGAAGAAGGAGAGGACGAAGAUGUGGAAGUUGACGCUGAUGAAUCAGAAGCAGAAGCAGACUUGGAAGCAGAGUCGGGAACAGAGGCAGCAGAGCAAGAAACUACCAGCAGCGAGAGCGAACCAGAAGAAGACACACAAACGAGCAAGCGUAAAAAUCGUAUUAUACGGGCAUUCGAGGACGACAACUCCGAUGAAGAUGAUGUGGAUUUGCUGCAGACGCCCAAACCAAGCAAGGUGGCGCCUGUGACUGCCGACGAACUACAAUUAUCUGCCCACAAGCUGUUCGACACGGAAAUUCAGCGUUCGGCUAGCGAUGAAGAGAACGAACUACUCGGGCUGUGCUCAGGAAGAUUCACGCAAUCGGAAAUCUCAUCGGCAGCACCGACGGUCGGAGCACUCAUUAGUCAAAUUCCCAUAACACAAACAACAGGAAACACACAACCCGAGGAAUUGGAGGCGCUAUGCUCAGGCACUUUUGAUACUCAGCCGGCACCUGAGAGCAAUAAAAUACUCUCCAGUGAAGAAGAGGCAAAGGAACCAUUGGAAACUGAUAAGCCGCGGCAGAAAAAACUGACCAAGAAGAGGCAAAAGAAGAAAGCAAAAUUGGGAUUCUCCGACGAUGAAGAAAGCGAUGAUGAUUCAGAUAAUAAUGUGGAAGAGGAAGAGGAUCAGGAAGAGUGCGAGAUAGAAGAGCCAGAAGAAGUUCCGGAGACAUUCGUCGACUAUGACUCCGAAGAAAAUGAAAUCGUAGUCGAAAUGACAAAGAAAGAUCGGAAAUUGCGCGCAUCGAACUUUGUGGAGAAUGAAGCUGAAUUAUCUGAGUCAGAAUGGGGCUCUGCUGAUGAAGAUGAAAAGAAUAUGGACUGUUAUGACAUAGAGCUUGGUGACGAAGAUCAGUUUGAUAGGGAGAAACUCCGCAACGAACUGGGACAGAUUCACGCACGCAAAAUGCUUGAUCAGGACAUACGAGAGGUGCGCAAGAUAAAGGAGAUGCUCUUUGAGGAUGAGGAGGGUGCAGUGCGACAGCGGCAGUUUCGUUGGAAGAAUGCAGAUAACGGUCUGGGCUUUAGCUUAGAUGAUCCCCGCAACCAGAACGGCGAUGCUGAAGCCAACGAGGGCAGCGGCGAUGAAGAAAACGAGCAUUUGUGGCGCAAGAUUCGCUACGAGAGAGAGCAGCUUUUACUUGAGAAGGGACUGAAAGAGGCAACACUAGGCAGCGGGUCACCUCUCUCACCGGCUGUGACUAACAGCAACACAACUAUACGAAAGCUAACCAUAAUCACAGCUAAGAAAACCACAGUAGAGGUAAAAAAGAGUUCACCAUUCCUGAUCUCAAAGACCUCCCAGCAGCAGCAACAGCAGCGAGCGGUGCGUGGUUCAUUUCUGGUGCGAGACAAGGAGACACUCAGCAAGCUAGCUGGUUUGACCAAAGGCUCAGUUGGUGAUCUGGAUGGAACAGCAGGCACUGUUUCCGUCAAGUCAGCCAAAGCUAAAAACUUUGUGUUUGCCACGCUAACUGAGGAGGAGCAUGAGAAUCAAAAGCGAAAGGCGGCCGAUUUGCUAAACAGCAGCAGUGAGACUGGCAUUAAUUUUAUGAAAAAGCCAAGACUGGAGCCUCGCCGGGAGAAGUGCCUUAUCGAUCAGCUGCUUUAAGUUUUAGUUAGCAUUUAAUUAGCUCUAGUUAUCAAAAAAUUCAAAUUAAAGAAAAC